AUAAAGAAAUAUAAAAGCAAAUCCCUUCUUCCAUCCCCGGGUGCCGAUAUUCCUCCCCUCCCCUCCUCCCCUCCCCAGCUCUUCCUCUAAACCUGCAACUAGAAUAGAACACAAGAGAAGCCAAACGAAGAGAGAAGAGGGAGGAGGGAAGGAGCGAUGAACAAUUAGCCAAGGGGGAAGAAUUUUCUCCUCAUUCUCCCCAAUUUCCCAUCUAGGAUUUCUCUCUCGUGCGGCCGUGAUGCAAAGAUCGGAGACGGUGAUGGCGUGGAACGUGUUCAGGUUCUGCACUUCCCUUCGGGGGCUGGGCUCUGUCAUGAUCUUGAUCGUCCUCGGCAUCGUCGGCGUCACCUACUACGCCGUCGUCGUCACCAACUACGGCCCCGCCGUCCUCAAUGCUGGCGGCCUCGAAUCCCUCUGCGCCCUUGCUGCCUUGCUCCUAUUCCAUCUCCUGUUGGUGAUGCUUCUGUGGAGCUACUUUUCUGUAGUCCUGACAGACCCUGGCAGCAUUCCACCAAAUUGGAAGCCUACUGUGGAUGAGGAGAGGGGUGAAGAAGCUCCAUUAAAUGGCUUGGAAUUUGGUAAUCAGAGUCUAAGUUUUCAGCAAUCGGUUAAUCUUGCAGACUCAGGAAGUCCAAGGAUCAGAUACUGCCGGAAGUGCAACCAGUUGAAACCACCUCGUUGUCAUCACUGUUCUGUUUGUGGGCGAUGCAUAUUGAAAAUGGACCACCAUUGUGUGUGGGUUGUAAAUUGUGUUGGGGCUCUAAAUUAUAAGUUCUUUCUUCUCUUUCUGUUUUACACAUUUCUUGAGACAACUCUUGUUACCCUGUUGCUGUUGCAAAAUUUUAUUACUUUCUUUAGUGAUGCGGAGAUACCUGGAACACCUGGAACGCUUGCGACUACUUUUCUCACAUUUGUGUUGAACUUGGCUUUUGCAUUAAGUGUUCUCGGUUUUCUGAUAAUGCAUAUUUCGUUGGUGGCUGGUAACACAACUACUAUUGAGGCAUAUGAGAAGAAAACAACUCCAAAAUGGAAGUACGAUCUGGGCCGAAAAAAGAACUUUGAGCAGGUAUUUGGAACUGACAAGAGAUACUGGUUCAUCCCUGCAUAUUCAGAAGAGGAUUUGAGAAAGACACCAGCACUUCAGGGCCUCGACUAUCCAACCAAGGCUGAUUUCAGUGCACAGGAGUUCUAACAGGAUCCUAUUAGGAUUACAAUUACCCCAUCAGAGACAAAGCCUUCUGGGCAAUCUGUAGCUUUCUGCAUCCUACCAAUAUUAUUGUCAUGGUGGUCUGAAAGCUUCAAUACAGUAGUUACCUUUUAGAUCAAGCCAGCAUUAGUGGUUGGAACAGAGCAGGAUAGGUAAUGAAAUGGGGAAUCUUUCAAUGUUGUCACAUUUCUUUUUUAUUUGUACUAUUAAUGGGGAAGUUAGGCAAGUCCUGGUUAGUGGAGGUGCGUGUUCUAUGGUCUUUUUUAUGUUUUCCUUUCAGGUAGCUAUUGUAUAGACUAGGCUUUAAACAUGUUACAUUUAUUAUUCAUAAGCAAUGCAGUAUGUUAUACAUCAAGAUUAAAUUUA